AUGAUGUUUUGGUCCCCUGUUGCAGCAGCCACCUUGUCAAGCUAUACAUCAAGAAAUAAGCUAAGGAAACUGCCCAGUAUGUUUUGGAGAAAGAACAAAAUUUCGUUGAAGAUAGAAGAUAGAAGAAAGAUUAAAGAAGUGGUCAACAAAUCCACCAUUAAAUUUAGAAAAAGAAAAAGUAAAGGAGGAGAAAUAUAA